GAACUGGAGAAGGGACAAGAGUUGGUUUAAGGGUAGAAGACUGCAGUAAACAACAGACGCUGAAGACAACCUUUUAUUGAAGAAAACCCAUUGAUGAUCAAGCCAAUCACACACACACACACACACACAACAGAGAGAGAGAGAGAGAGAGAGAGAGAGAGAGAGAGAGAGAGAGAGAGAUGUCACAUGCUGGUGAGGAAGGCAAGGAUGGAGGAGAAGAAGAGAACAAGGCAGCUUGGCUUCUUGGUGUCAAGACCCUUAGAAUUCAACCUUACAAUCUCCCUCCUCUUGGUCCCCAUGGUGUUAAAGUGAGGAUGAAAGCUGUUGGCAUAUGUGGAAGUGAUGUUCAUCACUUCAAGCACAUGAGAUGUGGAAAUUUCAUCGUUAAGAAGCCUAUGGUAAUCGGGCACGAGUGUGCUGGUAUCGUAGAGGAAAUCGGGAGUGAAGUGAAAUCUCUGCAAGUAGGCGAUCGUGUGGCGUUGGAGCCCGGUAUUAGUUGCAGACAAUGUCAACUUUGCAAGGAUGGUCGCUAUAAUUUGUGCCGCCAAAUGAAGUUUUUCGGCUCUCCCCCCAAUAAUGGUGCUCUAGCCAAUCUGGUGGUGCAUCCUGAAAAUCUAUGUUUUAAGCUCCCCGACAAUGUGAGUUUGGAAGAAGGGGCAAUGUGUGAACCCUUGAGUGUAGGAGUGCAUGCUUGUCGUCGUGCUAAAGUCAGCCCACUGACAAGAGUUUUGAUCGUGGGAGCAGGGCCUAUAGGCCUUGUAACAAUGCUUGCAGCUCGAGCUUUUGGAGCUCCAAAGAUUGUCAUCGUCGACAUUGAUGAUCACCGUUUAUCAUUUGCCGAAGGUCUUGGUGCUGAUGAGACCAUUCAAGUUUCAGCAGAUAUUCAGGAUGUGUGUGAGGAGGUGGUAAAGAUACAGAAUGCUAUGGGGGCCAAUGUUGAUCUGAGCUUCGAUUGUGUUGGCUUUAGCAAAACCAUGUCCGUAGCUUUGAAUGCCACUCGAGCUGGAGGAAAACUUUGCCUCGUGGGAAUGGGCCAGAGCGAGAUGACAAUCCCUCUUACACCAGCUGCUGCAAGGGAGGUCGACAUAGUUGGCAUAUUCAGGUAUACAAAUACGUGGCCGCUCUGCAUCGAGUUUAUGGAAUCUGGGAAGAUUGAUGUGAAGCCCCUAAUAACACACCGGUUCGAGUUUAGACAAGAGCAGGUUGAGGAAGCAUUCGAAACGAGUGCUCGCGGUGGCAAUGCCAUCAAGGUCAUGUUCAGUUUGUAAGCGUUGCCCAGAUGAACUUGGGAGCGGGGGGACUUUUACUGAAAUGCUAUUAGCUAUAAUAUACGAUCAUAGUUGGAUCAGGUUUUCGGGAAUGGCACGAAACUCAAGGCAAGGCUGACUUUGGACAUACUUGUUCACCAACUUUUUUUUUUCCUUUUUUUUUUAGCAAACCAAAAGACCAAAUGUGUAGACUACUUGUCCGGAUGUCAUACCUGCCAUGUUUUAACAUGAUCACAAUAAAGCUAAUGAAUUUAACUCAAA